AUGUCACAGAGUCGCCCCGGGUUGUUCCCAAGUUUGCGCAUGGGUGAGGUAAUCCACGAAAAGGUCCAAGAUGGCCUUACAGGCGAGCACAAGGAAAUCUCCUACACUCAGUGCAAAAUCGUCGGCAAUGGCUCCUUCGGUGUGGUCUUUCAAACCAAGAUGUCCCCCAGUGGUGAGGAUGCUGCCAUCAAGAGAGUUCUCCAGGACAAGCGAUUCAAGAAUCGUGAGCUGCAGAUCAUGCGGAUUGUCCGCCAUCCCAAUAUCGUUGAGCUGAAGGCUUUCUACUACUCCAACGGUGAUAGGAAAGACGAAGUGUAUCUCAACUUGGUGCUUGAGUAUGUCCCAGAAACCGUCUAUCGAGCUUCGCGCUAUUUCAACAAACUCAAGACGACAAUGCCGAUGCUUGAGGUGAAGCUCUACAUUUACCAGCUGUUCCGGUCGCUGGCCUACAUUCACUCACAAGGAAUCUGCCAUCGCGACAUCAAGCCUCAAAAUCUUCUCCUCGACCCCAAUACAGGCAUUUUGAAACUUUGCGAUUUCGGUUCUGCCAAGAUCCUGAUUGAGAAUGAACCCAACGUUUCCUACAUUUGCUCUCGCUACUACCGGGCCCCGGAGUUGAUCUUCGGUGCGACAAACUACACAACCAAGAUUGAUGUAUGGUCUACUGGUUGUGUAAUGGCUGAACUGAUGCUCGGACAACCCCUCUUCCCUGGUGAAUCGGGCAUUGACCAACUGGUGGAAAUCAUCAAAGUUCUUGGCACACCUACCCGUGAACAAAUUCGUACAAUGAACCCCAAUUACAUGGAACACAAGUUCCCUCAAAUCAAGCCGCAUCCAUUCAACAAGGUAUUCCGGAAAGCAACACCCGAGGCGAUCGAUCUAAUCUCCGCUCUUCUUGAAUACACACCAACACAGCGACUCUCGGCAAUUGAGGCCAUGUGCCACCCCUUCUUCGAUGAGCUGAGGGAUCCGGCUACCCGCUUACCGGACUCGCGCCAUCACAACAACCCCUCCAAGGAUCUGCCCGUUCUCUUUGAUUUCUCCCGGCAUGAACUUUCUAUCGCACCCCAAUUGAAUGACCAACUUGUUCCUCCCCAUGCCCGUCCAGCUCUGGAAGCACGUGGCCUCGACAUCAACAAUUUCAAGCCCUUGUCCAAGGAGGAGAUGAUGGCUCAUCUCGAUUGA